GUCGAACUUGUAUACCGGCUGUUCGCAGCCCCGCUGUUUUGUCGAUAGAAAAUAUACGUGUUGUGGGAUCACGCUUAGAUUCGGGUUGUUUGAGGGAACGAGCUGCACCGCAUUGAGCAGUCUUACUGCAUGUCUCGUAUGGUCCUAAUCGUGUUCGUCGCUUGACAUCAUCUUCGUCCUCGAACAAUCGGAUUUGUCUGCAGAAGAAGCUCUGGCUUUGGGUGGAAUUUGUAGAAAGAUCUUUGGUGUGUGAGAGACACUUAGAAGCUUAGCCUCAUGUGCAUCAACGAGGUGACAGAAAAAGACGAGCGGUGUCUAAGACCCGACGGCAGUACUCGGUGUCAGAUUUUGGUUUCCGUAGUUAGUGGAGGACAAUCAAUAUCAAAGUGUGAAGAUAAGAUGAAUGACGAGGUGGAGCGCGAGAUCGUAAAGUAACGAACAACAUCAUAGCAACUAUGCUCUUUGACAUUUGACACCACCGAAGUCGUUAGCACGCUAGCGAGAGUUCAUCAGUAUGUAUUUGGAAUUUACUUCUGUAAAUUACUGAGUAGUCAUCUCAACCAGGAGCGCACGAUUUGUCAUGUGGUCAUCAUCGUCACAGCCAUCUUCUGCAGAUAUGCCAUACGAUUGCGCAACGUUCUCUGCAUCAAGCUCUUCCACCGUCUUUCCGCGGUGUUCGAGGCAGGUCACAGCUGCGAGGCUGACCAGUAUGCAGCCAGCGCCGCAGAAGCCCGGGCGAGGAACACCGAGCGUAAAGCGGCGAGGGACUCCUAGCGCUCAAACGAGGAUGCCUGGGGAGCAGGUUGCAGCCUUUUCCGAGACGAGGAGAACAGAGGAAACGGUGCGGCCUGCGGAACCAGCCAGCGACUGGAGUUUGACGACGGAGACGUCUUCCACGGCCUCAACGUCUAGUAGCAGCACAGCUCAGAGAGCAACCGCUUUGGCUUGGCUACGACGCUGUUUUUCCUCGACGUCAACAUCGCCAGGAACGAAAAAGCAACUGCUUCCGCCCAGUCACAGGCGAAAGCAGGUCAAAAAUAAAACAAACCAAGCUGCGCAAAAGUUUGGCGUGCCCGUACUCGUCGGAACGGCAUUGCAUUUCGUGUUCGACGGAUGUUCGCUUCUCCGCGAUUUCGGCGGCGCCUUUUCACCGAUGACGCUGUUAGCCCACGCGCAGACCCAGUCGAACGGCUGGGGUGCAUCGAAAUACGCGCCACCAAAAAUCGAGGAAACGACCAUGGACACGCCGAUUAGUGUUGAGAGUGGCUUCACAUGGAUUGGAAACAACAAACAAACAAUGCUCUUGCACACAACGGGGGAUAUACUCUACCGGAGCAGCGAUAACGGCUUUGCGUGGAUGGACAUCACCAAAGACCUCGAUAUUAAGUACCACCUAAGAAUUUCUUGAAGAUGGAUCCUUUUGUACUUGAUUUAUUGUUUCUUCCGCGAUAGUAGAAAGUAAAGAAGUUCAAUUGAUACAAAGAUAGAUAGACUUUGAUGAAGGAAUUUCUUCAUAAAGAAAGAGUAGUUUCUCAAAUUAUUUCCAAAUGUCCUCUCGAUGCAGGGCCACUACUCCUUCAGAACGUGCUGGCGUCAGCCACAUAGAAGUGUCUCCCGCCGAUAAAAAUGUAGUUCUCGCGGUGGGAAACGACCGGGCACACUACAUUUCGGAAAAUGCUGGCGUCUCAUGGCGAAAGAUCGUUUCCAAGAACAAGAUUCGCCUCAUGCACUUCCAUCCCACUCGACGGAACUGGAUGCUUGUCACAAGUUGGACAACGGAAUGCGACGGAAAGAAGGAUAGCGGACAAGGCGAUAACACCUGCGUUCACAUGGCCUGGGUCACCAAAGACUUGGGUUUCUCUUUCGCCCUCGUCGACAGGUGCCGAGUCGCUUUAUUGACCUUUUGAAGGAGGAAUCUUCUUCACCUUCCACUUUCUCACUGUACGACAUUGCUUUGGGAAAACUGAAUAUAGAUGCUACAAUCCACUGCAGCGUGUAAGUUUUCUUAUAGUUUUGCUGCUAUCUGAGUACGACCGUUUGUUCUACGUUGAACUAGUUUUUUCGUACCGAUGGAAUCACGCCGAUUUCACAACUCCUCUUGUUGUACAGUUACAUCGUGCAAGUGGGCUGGGGCACCGAAGCUAGCAAUCAGGUCGACAGCGUUUUUUAUACCCACUACUCGAAGAAGAGCGGAAACCAGCCCAAUUCACCGCACUACACGCAUCCAAUCGACUUCUCGGUUACGCAUAAUCAGGGACGAAGCUCCACAACUUUAUUGUCGAAAGGAAAUCGCUUUAUGAUUUCAGACAAGUUCAUCUUCUGCGCAGUGGUACUCAUCUUUCUACUACCGACACCAUGAAAAAGUCGAAGCGUAGUAGUUGUCUUUCGUUUUUAAGUACAGCUGAAUGAAUCGAGUUUUGUUAUUCUGCAGCAAGAGCAAAGACCUAGCUUCUGGAAUGCUGUCUAUUGAAAUCAAUGUCAGGUGCGCGGACAGCAAGACGAUCUCACCGAUCUCGGCUUGAUGGUUUCGACAGACGGCGGAGGCCAUUUUGAGCAGGCCCAGAUUCCCGAGAAACUAGAGCAAAAGGGCUACUCUGUCAUCGACUCGUCUGAGGGAGUACCUUUUUAUUCAACAUUAUCAGUCUCCGAGAAUUUUGACGCUAAUCUAGUACCGAUGUGUGGCAGGCGGGGUCCAGAUAAAUUUUGUUCUGCAACAAAGUCUUGAGGUCUUUGUCACAACAUGACGAAGAGCUUCAUUCGUAACUUCACAGUAUCCUCGUAUUCACAGGUAGUGCUGCUGGAGGUGCGACACGCUGCUCGAAAAUACGGAAAUGUAUAUGUCUCAGACGAAACCGGGACGCGAUAUACUCGAGCGCUGUGGCAGGCGGAGGACAACAGCGUCAGCAAAGUGAUGGGCAUUGAUGGAGUACCUGUUCGCUUUCCACUACGCUUUCUUUGCGUCAAGAACUGCUCUUCUGCGAGAUUUUUUAUUCUUGUGUUAGAAGAAUACUAAGGUUCUUAAAGAUCCUCGGUUGUCAUUGACAUGGGCUUUUGUAGAUAACCACUUUCUAACAUUAAACACCACACAGAUCUAUAUGGCCAAUGUUAGGAUGCAAGCGGGCGCGAAUAUCGGUGCGCACGCUCAUGGAACGCUCGAUGACGCUGCGGAGCAGGAUAUGGAAGAAGACGCUUCCAACACGAAAAAACUCACGAAAGUCGGAAAAAAAGAGGAAGUCGUCCGCUCAGUCAUCACUUUUGACAAGGGCGCAUACUGGGAGCAAAUACAAGGUAAUUUUCUAGUCAGGUGAAGGUGAUGAAUUCGAACAAAUAAGUAGCAAACCUACCAUUGACGGAGUCAAAUCGCAGUGCGUUGCUUGUGGCUGCAAAGACUGAAUUACUUCUUUCUUUUGAUAGAAGUUCGACUUCCUUAGAAUAUUCAGAUUCACUCAAAUUCCCAGGUCCCCGACUCGAUUCCUUGGGACAGCCAGUAACAGACUGUGCCGAUGCGCAGAAUUGCUUUCUGCAUCUACACGAUAUGAUGUCGUAUCUGCAGUUCCCAGGUUUUUAUACGCUUGAUAGUGCAGUUGGGGUCAUUAUGGCUACCGGUAACAUGGGAGACUCCAUGAGAUGGGAGAUGGAUGCAACCCACACCUAUCUGUCGAAAGACGCUGGCGUCACGUGGACGGAAGUAUUUUUUUCCAAAUUAAGACAUUUCUUUGCUCUCACGAUGAUACUAGUUGCUUGCUUUUUCGACUAGAUCUAAAACCAGACAUGACUCAUGUUGCUUGUGUUACACAACUUCAGAAAGAACUCAUAGAAGCGGUUUCAGUAUUUGACUACGUGUUGAAGCCCGAGAUUCCUCUGUGUCGCACAGAUCCACCGCAAGCCGAUGAUCUACGAAAUCGGGGAUCACGGAGGCCUGCUGGUCAUGGCUGCUAACAAUGAGGCGACGAACGAACUUCUCUAUUCAUGGAACGAAGGGGAAAAAUGGUAUUCUCUGCAGAUGGAUAGACAGGGACGAAAAUUCAAUGUCGACAAUAUCAUUAUCGAGCCUGGGGCGACGUCCGUUGUUUUUGUCGUCUUCGGAACACGCGGAGGAAAGGGUAUUUCGGACUUUUUGAAGUACUUUGGGUAUUUCGAAUCCUGAAAAGCCGACAAUGCGGUCGCUUUAUUUUGGUAGUAUAUGUCAAUUCGAUGUGCCUGCAUUCCAGCUGGUCAUGACUAGAAGCUUUGGUUCGAUUAUACGUAGAACAAAAAGGUAUUACUAGUACUUCUUUGGAAAUGCUCACUCAGGUGUGGUUUAUCACAUUGAUUUUUCCGUGAUGGGUCUCCCAUUGUGCAACGAAGUAUGGAGUCCGGGCUCUGUUGCCAGUGAUUACGUGCUGUGGAGUCCAACGGAUACGAAAAACAGCGACCAGUGCUUGCUGGGAAAACAAGUCACGUACUACGAUUUGUUCAAUCAAUUGUUUCCUCCUUGCCGUACUCCUGCUGGACCUCGUGGGUUUGUUCGGUUUUGAUAACCAUGCAUGAUUGAUGCUCUUCGUAAAGAACUGCUCCCUUUGUUUUGAUGUAACGUCUACUAGAAAUGCACGAAAACCACGAAGGUACACACGGCGAAAGCCAUCCGCGGAGUGUUUCAACGGGGAGGCUUUUGAGCGACCAGUGACAAAGAAGUCUUGUCAGUGUACUCCAGAGGAUUACAUGUGCGAGCUUGGUUUCACACGUAACGUUGGCUCAAUGGAAUGUGGGCAGGUUGAAGUCGACGCAGAGUCAACAGAGGGCGGUGAACUUGUCGUUGCCUCGGAGUGCAAGGCGGGAGCUAGCAGUUACACACCAAUUGCAUACAGAAAAGUUCCGGGAGACGUAAUUUUAGAUUUCAAUUUUUUUUGCAACUUUGAUUUUAUGAAGUUCGUUGUACACGCUGACUUGAUCGUACAGAAAAGUCAUUCAUUGUCACUUGAAAUGUCUCGCUCUAGAAUGAUCCGGAAUUGUUCGUCUCGCGAAUCACAUAUUAGGUUUGCGAUGGUGGCUGGGUGCCACAAAACCCUGUGAUCGCAUGUCCAGCGGGCUCAGCAGUGCACCACUUGGGACGCGUGGCGCUUGGCCUGUUUGUGCUUUGUGGAUUGUACUUUGCAUAUCGGAACGCAGCAGUCCUCAGCUUUGUAGCGCAACGAGGAAUGGAGCGGUUCCGCGAGGUCAAGUAUCAGAAACUUGGCGUAAACGGGGGUGACCUGGAACAGCAGGGGAUUGACCAUGCCCUUGACACUUUUGUCGAGCGACAUGAUGACUUUCUGCAACCAAGUGGCUUCGACGACGAUGCACCACCUCUCUUCGAUGCAGGGAACAACAGUCUCAAUUUAUGCUAGUGGCCGGAUCUGGUUAAACCUUUAUCCCGUGUCUAGACAAAUUAGUGAUCAGUGCACAUCAACUUCAAACUGUAGCUACCUCAUACUUUGUUUUUCAAAAAUACAAUUCCUGUUGAUGCAACUUUGACAUCAUUUCUUUGGUUAGUUUCUAAUCUAUGCGGACAUUCUUCUGGAAGAGGAGCCGAAACUUGUCAAGGGACAAGCAGAUCGCCUUACGACCCCUAUCCCUGCACUAUUCGCGCCGCGGGGAAGCGGCCCAGGCAGCAGCAGUUCAGCAUCAAGCGGCAGCUUCGGAACCAUGGACGAUCUGUUGUGAGCUUCGAUACUUUGCGAAGCAGACAUGCAUACGUGUACAUUUAAGCCACGACAUAGAAAAAUGAUUCAAAAAUGAUGUAUAUAGAACACACUCUCAUUGAUUGUGAUUGAAUUUGUCGUAAUUUCUAACAGAUGUUCAUAUGUAAAAUUACAUAGAUGAAAUGCGAAUCCAGUCAUAACCUUUACCAGAAGUUGAAAAUCGAUCUAACAUGUUGGAAUAAAAUGAAGUUGCACAACAUCAACUAUCAUAAUUUGAGUCUUGACUUAGAGACUUCCACAUACCUGAUAAGACAUCAAUAUACCUACUGAAUAUCUGAUACAUCAAAAACUCUUGUAUACCGAAGGCGACUGAGCCUUCCUUUUUGAUAACAUUUCGCGACCAUAAAAUCCAAGAAAUUCUUCGGCGUUGAGGACUACAAAAUUAUUCGUAGUAGACCCAGUAUUACGUUAUGUUGAUGAAGUUUAUUUAAUUGCAGUGUACAUCCAAUGAUACCUAUUCAAAUUAGGCAUUUCUGACCCAAGCAAUGUUGAUCAGGAUAAACAAAAGCUAGAGUUGGAAUUGUCAUGGAAAGAACGUCUUCGAAGUGAAGAAAUCCCUUCUCACCAUCGUCACACAAGGAAAGGAAAUAUGCUAGUAUAGAUAGAGACGGGAUGCGGAGGACUCGAGCAGGAGUUUCGUGUUUAUGAUGAUUCUCAUCGUUAUAAUGCGGAUUUCAAGAAACGAUUUUCAAAGGAAUCGCAGACACACAUUCCCCCAAUAGUGACUGCGCAUGCUUUCUGGUAAAUUCUGCUUCCAUAGACAUAUCCGCGCUUACCGACCGAAAGGGG